AUGUGCGCUGGGUUUGUGCCCCUCAGAGGUCCCGUUGUGAGUCUCCGGCUGGUUUUUGUGUGUCUCUGUGCACCAGAGGUGACGGUGAGGAACACCGAGCUGAGGCCGUGCGAGGAGGACGCGCGCGUGUGCGUGAGCGACCCCGCAGACUGCGCACCCCGGCCCCCGCCCGUGCGCAACAAGUCUUUGGGGGUUCUGGACUUGUCCUGUUUCUACCAGAGCUCUGAUGCCUCGGUGACCUGCAGCUGGACCCAGGAACUGACCCCCCAGGCCGGGCUGCAGGCCUCCCUGAUCUUCACCCAAGCCCCCACCCCCCCCCCUCCCGGGCCCAUCCGCCCCCGACCCACUUGCCCUGCCCACGCGGCGCGCGACUGCCCCCCCCCCCCCUGUCCCCCCCGCAGCAGGGAGGCGGUCCGGUCCUGCUCGGCCCUCUUCAGCCCGGCCGCCGUGCUGACCGUUACGGCCCGGGUCCGGAGCUACGCCGCGGGGGGGGAAAUCUGGUCCCACCCCCACCCCCUCCCCCUGUACCGGGCAGUCCGCCCCCCCCGGCCUGUGUUGACCGUCCUGGGCUCCAGCAGCGACUGGCUGACCGUUCCGGAUCCCGUCCCCGCGCACGCGCACCGGAGCCUCACGCACCGGCUGACCGGGCUGCGGCCCCGCGCGGCCUACCGGGCCGCGGUGGCCUGCAGGGGCCGCGGCGGGCCCUGGAGCCCCUGGAGCGCAGCGGUCAGCGGCCGGACGCUGGACGCAGCCCCCCCCAGACCGUCAGAGCUGUGCUACCGGCUGGAGGAGACGGACUCCGGGUCAGUUCUGCUGCAUCUGUCCUGGAAGCCUGAGGCCGGCGUCCUGGGCUACGAGCUCCUCCUGGACCCCGGCGGGUCGCCCCGGAACGUGACCGGGGGGGCGGCGGUCCUGGAGGCGGGGGGGGGGGGACUGCAGCGUGGCCGUCCGAGGGUUCAACACGGCCGGAUUCGGGCCGGCGGCCGGCCUGAGCGUCCACACACACACACACACCGACACCUGUGGGUGUCCAGCUCCUACCCGGCUGAGAGGACCCUGCGGGUGCAGUGGGCGCCGCCCUCCCCCCCCCCCCGCCCUCCGUCGGCCAUGUUGUUGUGCAGUGGCGCCCGGCGGGGACGCCGUCGGCCGGCCGGCGGGCCAGAGCCUCCGCCUCAUGUGGAGCCAGGUGAGAUCUACCUGGUCAGCGUGUUCCCUGUCCAGCAGCAGCUCUGUGGACCGGCUCAGUCUCUGGAGGCCAGUCUGAGGCAGGGAGCUCUGGUGGAGCCGGUCGGCCUGAAGGUGGUCAGCGUAACCAAGACAACCGUCAGCGUCAUGUGGGCGUGGCAGAGGAAGUCUGGACCAAUCAGGCGGCGGCACACCUUCUCCCACCUGACCUCAAACUCUGAGUAUUCUCUUCUUCUUCUGGCGGACAACGUCUCCCGGAGCCUGACCACUGUGACCACCGAGUUCAGUGGGUUCUGCUCGCUGUGA